AUGCGUCCAUUUUUUUCACCCCCCAUCUCUUUCAUGUGUGUUAGUUAAAAAUUGAAAACAUUCCCGGAAAAGCAAAUUCCAGGAAACUUUGACUCUUGAGUUCCCAUCCCACGUUUGGUGUCAAUUUCCAUAAAACCCAAAGAAACAUAAAUAAAAACUGUCCUCACCAAUGUCGCGAUCGAAGGAGGUAACCAGAGAUUCUCUGUUCUCCAAUUGAUUUCCUCAGCGCUCUCUUUUUGGAACCAUUUAUACAAGCUACGACAUUUUAACGACGGUUGCAGAGGAAAGAUUGAUUUCAAGAAAAGAAGUGUGGAGGUUGGUAUGAUGAGUAAAUUUGUGGAAACGAGCGAACAGAAAAAGCGCGCAAGAACUUUCAUCCCCAUGAUAGAAUAUCCACCAAAGCGGAGGCCUGGUCGUCCACGCAAGGAAGAACAUUUUGGCCAAAUCUUAAACAGUGUAUCGCCUCAACCUCCCCCAUCUCACGGUCUAAAAAGCAGCCAAUAUUUUGCGGUGGAUCCAAGUGAUGAUAUCGCCAAUGAAAUGGUGGGCCAGGUAGUUACCGGUAUCAUUGAGGGUUCUUUUGAAGCCGGAUAUUUCAUUUCUGUAAGGGCUACCAGAACCGGGAUCCUUCUAAGGGGUGUGGUGUUUCAGCCGGGGCUAUUUACUCCCGUUACUGCAGCAAACGACAUCGCUCCACAUGUUAGGAUGUACAAAAGAAGAGACUUUCCCAUCCCAGACUUGAAUCCGCAACCUGAGAACAACAAUAACCAAAUUACAAGGGAUUCAGUUCUUCUGGGAGAUACUUUUCCGAGAACUGCGACCGGAACUCUUGUGGUAGGAAGAAGUACUAACCCAAGGCGGAACUUUAAGCUUGGGCUCGAGAAGGAAUCUACAUCGCCUCAGUUGAAGUCAAGUUCCGUAUUUCCCCUUCCUAAGUUAUCACACACCUUCGCUAAGGUACCUACGAGUACCGACUCCUUGCAAAACAAGAACAUACGUGCUCCAGCGGAAAACAAAGACAUGUUGCAACAGAAACUUGACUUUUCCCAUCAGUUGCGCUCUAGUACUAUACCGCCUACUAGUAACUUGCAAAAGGAUGGCUCUGGAGCUUCCACGGGAGGAAGAAACAUGACAUUUCCACUUCCGCGAUUUCCCAUGUGGGGAAAAGAAACGUCACAGAAAAACUCAAAGUCUGCACUUGACAACAAACCCGUGUCUCAGUCGAAGUCAGAUACCACAUUUCCACUUCGAACUGAGAUGCUGAGAGGAAACAACUUGUCGCGGAGAAAUUCUGAUUCAGGACUCCAGAAAGAAUCUAGUUCCAAGUCACAAUUAGAUGCCCCAUUUCCAUUUCCCAGGAGAUUUGCCACUGUCACAUUACCUCUGGCUGAGAGCUUGUCGAAGAAAAGUGCUAGUGUUUCCGUGGGAGGAAAAGAUAUCCCACAACACUUGAAGCUUUCACUGGACGACAGAACCGUACCUAAGUUGAAGUCAGGUACGCCAUUUGCCUCUGAGAAAGUACCCAUGAAUGAUAACUUGCCAAAGAAUAAUUUAGCUUCUUCCUCCGUAGAGAAAGAAAACCCACACCAGAACUCCAAGUUCUUUGCGCUUGCAAAGCCAGAUAAGUUUGCUCUUGGUAAACAAUCUGCCUCAGUUAUUGUGCUUCCGAUUGAGAAAAUUAAAGAAGGAAAGAUAACAGGACAACAGAUUUAUGGGUUUGGACUAGGGGACGUAUCUACUCUUCGGUUGGAGUCCAGCAACAGAAUUUCUUUACGGAAUAGCAUAGAAGGGAAGAAAACAGGACAACAAAAUUAUGGGUUUGGACUAGGGGACGUAUCUACACCUCGGUUGGACAGCAACAGAAUUUCCAUACGGAACAGCAUAGAAGGGAAUAAAACGGGACAUCAAAAUUAUGGGUUUGGACUAGGGGAUGUAUCUACACCUCGGUUGGACAGCAACAGAAUUUCCAUACAGAAUGGCAUAGAGGGGAAGAAAACGGGACAACAAAAUCAUGGGUUUGGACUAGGGGACGUAUCUACUCCUCGGUUGGACAGCAACAGAAUUUCCAUACAGAAUAUCAUAGAAGGGAAGAAAACGGGACAACAAAAUUACGGGUUUGGACUAGGGGACAUAACUACUCCUCGGUUGGACAGCAACAGAAUUUCCAUACAGAAUAGCAUGGAAGGGAAUUAUAAAACGGGACAACAAAAUCAUGGGUUUGGACUAGGGGACGUAAGUACUCCUCGGUUGGACAAAAACAUAAUUUCCAAACAGAAUGGCAUAGAAGGGAAAAAAGACAUGGUACGUGGUAUAGCAUCUGAACUGACUCUUGGGAUCUUUCCUGAAAAUCUUGCUUCCUCGAAAAAUGAUACACCACACGAGUUGUCGUGGUAUGAGUUUCAUGGAAAUCGGAAACCUGUAACCGACGCGGCUGACAACACUGUUGGGGUUUCACAAUCUAUGCCAAAGCAACCAGUAAACAUGAUGGAAGGAAUCACAACAUCUGAUUCUGGGCUUAAGAAGACUGGAGGAAGUUUUCAGCUAUUUCCUUAGACCAAUCAAUCAUUAAAGCACGAAAAUUAUAAUUCAUCUCAAUACAGUGUUUGGAUCAAGGUUUAGGUAUGGGAAGGAAAUCUCUAAAAGGAAAGGUUGAAGGGUCUAACAUGCUGCAAGCCCUCGGAUUGUUUAAUUUUCCCUUCCUACCAAAAUCCUACAUCCAAACACAGCCUUUAAGGUGAAAUCUGAAGUCCGUAGAAUCAUGUGGAUUCUUGAAGAAGGCAUUCCACCUCCUACAGAUAAAGAAAAGGUGCCAUUUCACCAAAACAAUUUCAUAGCAAAAGACUGACAAAGACUGUACAAAGAGUUCAGGAAAACAAGAAAUAGUGGAUUUCACAUCAGCAGUUUUGUAUCAGAAAUAUGUCAUGCAACUUCAAACCCUUGCAUGAGCAAUUUGUCAUGCAACUUCAAACCCUUGAA